GCUAACCUCAAGUUCGUGAUGCUCGCUUUGCUGGUCUGCCUUCUAAUCACCAGCAGUGCCGCUACCAAGACGAAGUGCAGUACUGACCUCUACGUAGUAGAAGACGGCGAAGAUUGCUAUAAGAUAGCCACAGCCCACAACAUGAGCGUUGAGGAACUCGAGAGCUUGAACCCUUAUGUCAGCUGCGCCAAACUGCAGCCUGGAAACAAGCUCUGCCUAGGAAAAAAUUAUUAAUUAAGAACCCU